GGUGUAUAGUAUUAAAAGUGCAAUAAUGUUAAGAUAGAAACAAUUGUCAAGCUGCCGCGAAACGUCAUAACGGCUGCUCGUGCCAGCAACAAAACAACAACGAGCUGGUAACACAAUGUACACGCACUAGCAGUGUGCAUUUCCCUUCGCCCCCUGAAACAAACAUUCAUACCGUGAAAGCAACGAAAAGUGAAAUGAUAUUAACUUAAAAAAAGCACGAUCCCAAGCCAAUGUUAGCCUCCCGUUUAUCACGCCCCCCAAACAGUGUGCUGUUUGCAAACCCCUCUACAGUGUGCGGUAAGAAAGUGAGAAAAAAAGAAAAUAGAAGAAGUGUGUCCGCUGCGGAUGCACUGACUCAGCAUUGCAGAGGAAAAGAAAGGGGUAAUUACAGGGGGGGUGAAACGGUGAAACAAAAUUAGGCCAACGGGUGCGGGUGGUUAGGACAUCAUUCAACCUUCUUCAACAAUAAACUUUCGUAGCUGCGUCGUAGCGUGUUGAUCGAUCUUUUCGGUAGUGAAACACAGGCGUCACGAUGGGCAAUCAGCUGGUGGCACUAGCUCCAUCACAAAUCUUCCCCGUGGAACAUUACCUCACGGGGACGUUCGAGUUUGAGCUGCAGUUUGAGAAAAGCAUGGGCAGCACACGAUUUAUGAAGGUGGCCAAGGUGAAGGUUGAUGAAGGUCCAGCGGUAGUGAAGGUCUUUGUGCGGCACGAUCCAUCCUUACCGCUGGAGCAACACCUCGACCGUAUCGAGUACAUCAAGAAGCAUCUCGCUAACGCGGUCAACUGUUUACCAUUCCAGAAAGUGCUGACGAUGGAAAAAUCGUGCCUUAUCGUGCGGCAGUACGUGAAGCACAGUCUGUACGAUCGCGUAUCGACCCGCCCGUUCCUAACGCUGAUCGAAAAGAAGUGGAUCACGUUUCAAAUUUUGUGCGCGUUGCACCAGUGCCACAAGCAGAAAAUUUGCCACGGUGACAUCAAGCUGGAAAACAUACUGAUCACCUCGUGGAAUUGGGUGCUGCUGUCGGACUUUGCGUCGUUCAAACCGACCUACCUGCCGGAAGACAAUCCGGCCGACUAUAGCUACUUCUUCGAUACGAGCCGCCGGCGUACGUGUUACAUCGCGCCGGAACGCUUCGUCCGCUCGUCGAGCGGUGAAUCUAUACAGCCCAAGGAUGGACCACUGGUCGGUGAUGGGCAGUACUAUGCCGGGCAACUACUGCCCGAGAUGGAUAUCUUUUCCGCCGGUUGUGCACUGCUGGAGCUGUGGACCGAAGGUACGGCACCGUUUGAAUUUUCUCAGCUGCUCGCUUACCGCCGCGGUGAGGUGGAUCUCGUACAGAAACACCUGGACGGAAUCGAGAACGAACGAUUGCGGGAGUUGGUCGAAUCGAUGCUUAGCUUAGACGCGCGCGAACGAAAAUCAGCCGAACUCUACUUGGACCAGGACCGCGGUAAGCUUUUUCCGGAAUAUUUCUAUUCUUUUCUCCAGUCGUACCUGCAGAUGUUUUCCACCGUACCGGUGGUACCGGCCGAUGAGAAAGUUUCCCGCUUGCACAGUGAUAUUGGGCAGAUUAUUAAAAUUCUCACCGGAAACGAACGCGAACGAACGGUCGAACCAGCGCUAGAAGCAUCGGAAACAUCCGACGACGAUGGGUUGAUACUGAUUACGAGCGUCGUAACGUCCUGCAUCCGGGGGUUAAGCUUUUGCCGCUCGAAGUUACUUUCACUGGAAAUCCUGCAAGCCCUCGCCGAAAACACCACCUCGGAAACGAUCCUCGAUCGCAUUCUGCCGUACAUACUGCACCUAGCCCAGGAUGCAGCACCCCGGGUGCGUGUCUGUUCGCUCAACACACUCACGCGCUGUCUGCGCAUGGUGCGCAAGCUGCCCCGAAGCGAUGCGAACGUGUUUCCCGAGUACAUAUUACCUGCGAUCGCACCGCUCGCCACCGACAGCUCGACGUUCGUGCGCAUGACGUACGCAAGGAACAUUGCCACACUGGCCGACACCGCGGUUAGCUUUCUCGAGCAGUCACAGCACAGCUGCACGUCGGAAAACAUGCCACCGCCGCAUUACGAGACCGAGCUCAGUGCGUUGCACGAGAUGUUACACCAAACGGUACUGUCGCUACUGACCGACCCACAGUCGGCCGUGAAGCAAACCCUUAUGACGUCCGGUAUUACGCAGCUGUGCGUGUUCUUCGGUCGGCAGAAGGCGAACGACGUCAUCCUGUCGCACAUGAUCACGUUCCUGAACGAUAAGGAAGAUCGGAAUUUGCGUGGGGCAUUUUUCGACUGCAUCGUCGGUGUCGCGUCGUACGUUGGAUGGCACUGUGCACCGAUGCUGCUGCCGCUGCUCCAGCAAGGUCUCACCGAUCCGGAGGAGUUUGUCAUUGCGAAAGCAAUCCACGCCACCACGAUGCUGAUUGAGCUCGGUUUGAUACAGAAGCAGGGCACGAUCGAGUUUAUCGACGAGUGUGCGUGCUAUCUCGCCCAUCCGAAUCUCUGGAUCCGGCACGAGGUGGUCGAACUGAUUGCGACCGCCGCCCGCAUCCUAACCGCGAUCGAUGUGCAGUGCAAGGUGCGACCCGCGAUAGCGGUACAUUUGCGCUUUCCACUCAUUGAAAUCACCUGUCCGGAGCUGCUGCUCGACUGCCUGCUGCCACCGAUACCGCGCAACAUCUACGACGCGGUGCUGCGGUACGGGCCCGACAUUGCGCCACUGGUCGGUGUGCUGUGCGAGCGAAAGAUGGCGAGGAAUCGCAAGCGCACGACCGAAUCGGAACCGGCCCAACCGGUGCAGACAUCGAACAGCGAUGGGCAGAUGGCACCGGCCAUACAGCAGCUACUGCGCCGCCUCACCACGGAAGGUUUGACGGAGCAGAUCGAAGAGCAACUGCUGGCGAUGCGUGCGCACCUGAUGAAGCUGCACCACUACAAGCUGGCCGAGAUCCGGCACUCGCACCAACCGUCCGGACGGAUCGUGCUCGAGUACUAUCCGGACGUGAUGGGCGAGGUACAGCUUGCGACCGAAUCGACGAUCCAUAUGCUCAGUGCGAUUGAUUCCCAUUCGCCCUCACCGACAUCACCGACCGCUAGCGAGCUUACCGUGGCGGGUACGGUAAUACCAGCGCCAACGGUAGCCGCCACCGGAGCAUCCGUUCCGAUGGCCGCAGUAGCUUCCGCCCUUCCGCCAAUCGUGCACCAUUCCACACCCACCUCCAGCCUGGUGGAGUACAGUCUCCCCGAGCGGACGACCGGCUACCAGGAGCGCAUGUCCGAUUGUCGGCUGGAAAUGGAAGCGCUGGUAGCGAAGUUGCGCACCCGGUUUGCCACGUACCAGCGGCAGCGGGAACUACGCGAAUCAAACCAAACGAUGCCACCGCUGCCGCCCAGUUGGCACCUCACCGGUACGCUUGUCGCCCAUCUGGCCGAACAUAAGGCCGCCGUUAGUCGGAUGGCCGCACUGAAACCCCACACCGGCUCACUGUUUGCGAGUGCCUCGAUCGAUGGGACGGUACGGUUGUGGGACUGUAACAAGCUCGAUGGCCAGCAGUCGGUGAAUCGGUCGAGGCAGUCGUAUCAUGCCAAUACGCCCCUGCAUGCGGUGGCCGCCUGUGACGCUGGACAGUCGCUAGCGGUGGCGGGCAAGGACGGUACGCUGCUGCUGCUCAAGAUAGACACCAACUCGAGCAAGAUGGCACUGCAGCAGGCACGCCACUUUGAUGCGGAUACACGCUACUCCACCACGACCACGACAUCGACCGGUGAGAUUGGACCGGACGAUGGCCCCGUGGUGGAGAUGCAUCCGCUCGACCAGGGCGCCCAGAGUGUGAUCGUGUACGCGACACUGUACGGUGCGCUUGUCGGUUGGGAUAUCCGCAUGCCGGACUACGCCUGGCGGCUGCAGAGCGAUCUACGCAGCGGCGUCAUCACCACGUUCUGUAUCGAUCCGUCCAGCUCGUGGUUGACGGUCGGUACGAGCAGCGGACGGCACGUCUGCUGGGACCUACGCUUUCAGCUACCGAUCGCGGAGAUCAAACAUCCGCACGAUGCUCGCAUACGGCGCGUUUCGCACCAUCCGACGGAAUCGUCCUGGCUGGUGUCGGCCUCGCAAGGGAAUAGUGAGGUGUACGUGUGGAACAUUGAAACCGGUCACCGGCAGCAGGCGUACUGGGCCAGCUCGAGCCCACCGCUCUCGAAUAGUAACGCUUCGUCGCAUUCGGUCUGUGCGCUGCUGCCCGGUAUUAACGAUGGCCACCCGUUCCUGCUGACCGGCGGUACCGAUCAACGGUUGCGCUACUGGGAUCCGGUCAACAUCGAAAACUGUGCCCUCGUCGUACCGUCAGCACGGGAUUACGCACCACUCAACGUUACGUACGAAUCCCGACUAAUCGAUGGUACGAAAGUAAUUUCGGAAAUACACUGUAACAACAACAGCACUGGCUCCGGUGAGCGAGGAACCCGUGCGGAUGAUGAUCAUCGCGUUGGGCCGGAAAUGCCGGCCCACGGUCACAAUGAUGUUAUCAGCGAUCUGCUUAUGUGCCGCACGGCGAAGCAAACGUUCGUCGCAUCCAGCAGCCGUGAUGGAGUGAUCAAAAUCUGGAAGUAAGUAUACCGGCACUAAACCCGCGCAUCCUCUAGCAGUUUCACAGGGAAGUAUUUGUUAAAUUUUUGAUAUUUCUUUCCUUUUGUUUUGAUAAUCUAUUUUGAGCCCUUCUGUGGCUCACCAUCGUGAUGUUUUAACUAGCAGAAGCAAUAACCUUAAUAAGGGAGUUACACAGCUCAGCAAUGUUCGAAAAAGUUUUGUUUGUUUAUUCUCUGCCAUUGUUUGUCAAAGUUUCAGAAGUAUAUAUCUGAAACUUCAAUUCAAUGUAUCGACUAUUGUCGAAGAUACUUCAAUGUAUUUAACUAAUUCAUUUUAGAAAGGUCAGAGUUGCUUAUACCGAUAACUUUAUCUAUCUUUCAAUUCACAUUUGUUGGGAAACACAUUUCCUUCUCCGAACCGUGAAAGGGCACCAUACCCAAAGUGUGCUCGGUUGAAGUUAUUUCUAUUUAAUAUACCGACACAUGGCGUUUUGCAAAUCCGUGGUCAGUGUCUCUAGAAAAUCUGAGAGUGAUCGAUUAGUUUAAGAUUUUCUCUAUGAUUUUCUUUACCACCAUUUCUUAUUACACCUAAUCCCAAAGAUAUUGUGCACUCUUUCUAACAAGUUUGCAUAACGAGCAAAUCUUCUAUUCUAUGAAUAUAUUCCCUUCAAAUGGCAAACAUAUGGCAUAAUUGGCACUAAGAUUGCUUUAUAUUUUUAUUUUGCAUCAAAGCAUUCUAAAACUAUGCUUAUGAAAUCCUCAACUUGUGUUGUGUGUACAUUACGAAACCACUCCUUUUUGCAUAUCGGGCAUACUUUUUCCCGCAAAUAAUCUUUGCGUUCUGUUUUUGUUUUAUUCGAGCUUCUGAGUGUAUACCUCCCCAUAAUUAUUAAUUAUUACGUACAGGUGAUGUUAUUUAGGAUGCACUACAAACCAAUAGCAUUGAAUUUUGUUUGUGUUGGUGAUAUUUUUUUUUGUUGUUGUACAAAUCGCUAACGUGAACAAUUUCGAGCUUUAUUGCGUGGUUGCAUCCUGUCCUCAGCUUAGGUUCUACGCGAACCAUUAUAUAUAUUUUAUUAAUACGAGUAUGAGUAAUAGUUUUGCUUUAUUGAUUAGCAAACAGCCGUAAGCUGUUUAUUUUGCUAUAAUCUGCUAUCGUGUUAUAGGCUAUGUCCAUUAAAAAUGAAACCCAUCUUU